AUUUCCGGGAUCCUAACAUUGCUUCUGUGUGGUUAUAGGGCAAAUAGGGCGUUAAGGAUCACUGAUAACAGUUUAGUAGUGUAUCUAUGCAACGUUUGCAUUACCCACAUUUCCUGAAAACACAUUGUGUGGCGCAGCGGAACCGCUGAGGAUCCACUGCAACUAGUUAGCCACAUCCGCAGACAGGUAUGUCUGAAGUUAGUCUUGAGGCUGAGUCGGGGAAGACCUCAGCCGAGGACCCUCAGCAAGAAUGUGAGGAGGCUGACAAAGCAAAGGAGAGUUUGAGUGAGGAUCCGACUCCAAAGAGUGUAGACAGUAGCGCGGGCGGAGAGGACAGAGCAGAUGUUCUGUACGAUGUUGAUAUUAACAGCAAUGAAGACGAUGAGAAGGAUGUGCAGGUGUUGGUGGGGGCUCACGGUGUUGGCUCUGGGAGGGUAGGCAGUGGUGGGAUGGAGGCCAGACUCCGUGCUGCUGAAACACCCGUGGGAAACAGAGAAUCUCCCUCGGAUGCAAAGGAGAGCACAAUGGCUGAGGAUUCCCACAGGAGCUCAGCCGCUGAGAUCCCCGUCACCAGCAAUGGAGAGCUGGAUCAGAGCCCAGAGAGUGUCUUCCAGAGGGAUGCUCACUUCAUUUGCCCUGGACCCCGGGACUCGACAGAGUCUCGUGUCAUGUCCAGCAGCUAUGCUUCAACGGCAGAGGGCAUCGUUGAGUCAGGACCAUACAAAGGGUCAGUGAGCGUGCCAGUGUCUACAGUGACACCUGUAGCUCCCAGCUCAGCCGUUGCUAUUCGCCUGGCGCGCUCCUCCAGUGAUGGCCAGGCUGACGCAGACUCAACAACAGCCGAUCCAAAGAGCGGAGCCGUGGUCCUGUCAGACGACCUGAAGAACCCAGCCAUGGAAAAACUGGAUCUAGUGAGAAAGUGGAGCAUCAACACGUACAAAUGUACCAGGCAGAUCCUGUCGGAGAAGCUGGGUCGGGGCUCGAGGACCGUGGACCUGGAGCUAGAGGCACAGAUCGAUCUGCUCCGUGACAACAAGAGGAAGUACCAGAACGUGAUCAAGCUGGCCCAGAUGCUGGCCACUCAGCUGUCCCUGAUAAUGCAGACGCAGAGGCAGCUGGGCGACGCCUUCGCUGACCUCAGCCUCAAGUCACCAGAACUUCAUGAGGAAUUCGGCUACAACGCUGAGACCCAAAAGCUUUUGUCCAAAAAUGGAGACACACUGCUGGCGGCCAUCAACUUCUUCAUCUCUAGCGUUAACACACUGGUGGACAAAACGAUCGAAGACACCAUGAUUAACAUCAAACAGUAUGAAGUGGCCAGGGUUGAGUAUGAUGCGUACCGUACGGAUUUGGAGGAGCUGAAUCUGGGGCCGCGUGACGGCAACACCAUGCCAAAGAUCGAGCAAUCGCAGCAACAGUUCCAGAUCCACCGCGAGAAAUAUGAAAGAAUGAGAAACAACGUUUCAGUCAAGCUGAAGUUCCUGGAGGAGAAUAAGGUGAAGGUAUUGCAUAACCAGCUGAUGUUGUUCCACAAUGCCAUCGCUGCGUACUACGCUGGAAACCAGGAGCAGCUGGAACAGACACUCAAGCAGUUCCACAUCAAGUUGAAAAUGCCAGGUGGGGAGAGCCCUUCCUGGCUGGAAGAGCACUAAAACACUCCUUUUUCAGACGUCGCUGCCUCAGUCAUAGAUGAAAAUGUCUAGAAAAAAAAAACUACAGAAACCUCCUUUUCCCUUCAACUGUACUGUCGCUGCUUUCAAACUGUCAGAACUGUCCAUUUUCUAACAAAAUGCACAGAAAGAUAGUAUCCUAAUGCCUUUUGAUGCUUUUUCCUGUAGUUAUUUAAAAACGCAAAAGACAAACUUUUGAAACUCUAAAAUGACCUUUUUGUACUCCAGCAUAUGAAUGUGGUUUCUAAGCACAGCCAGACCUGUUGGCAUUCUUACGACAGCUGCAGGAUCUAAGUGACUGCGGUUCUUCACUAUCCCAACAUCAGCCGACGGAAGUGAAUUCCACCAGUUGUGACAAAAGGGGCAAAGAUGCAUUCAUUUAAUCACAAACAAACUGACCCAAGUGAUGGUUUGUCAUUUUGGGUGUUUUUAAUUUAUUUUCCUUGUUGAGGUUUACGUUGGACAAAGUUUCCACAUAGUCUGCACAACCAGGAGACGGUCAGCUCAGCAUAAAGACUGGGAAGAGUGGGAUGGAGGUUGCAUUUGUGAUAAAUAAGCCUUUGAGCAAAAGGUCAAGCAGCUUCUUCCCUCAUUGCAGAAUUUAUGUGGAGCUGCUGUUAACCUCUGGCUCCAACAAGUAAAUCAAAAAGAUUAGAAAGGGGUAUAGUUUCUCCUCAAAACUUCCAGAACCAAAGUCAACCUUUUGGGAACAACGGUUUUAGCUUUCCUACAUUCAGAGAAUUUAUCUGAACGUCUAAAAGUGUUGAUUCUCUUUAAAUACCAGAAUAUGAAGUACCAGCCUUAUGUGACUAAAUGUGCCUUGAAUUCAAUUCCUCUCCCUCUGUGCACCCUUACUAUCAAUGUUCAGGACCAACCGUACGUGCAUGUACCCUCAGAGGUCAUACAAAUCAUGUCAAUGCAACGUAGAACACAAGACAGCUGUGCUUAAAAAAAAUCAUCAAUCAGUUUUAAAGCACAUCGUUAGUCAAGUUAUGCACAUUAAUGCAGAUUAAUGCAUUUGAGACAAAAAGCUUGUAAAACCUGUGCGUGUAAAGUGUAAACCAAAACCUGUAAAGACCAGGGCCCUUUGCUUGGCUGCUAUUAGAUGACUCCAUUUGAGCUACGUUGAGUGUAUUUUUCAAAGAGGGCAUCUUGUUGCUGGUAUAACCAGUUAUCAAACCCUUCUUAUGUGUAUUUGUACUUUUCCUACGACUCAAUAGGACGGUUUGAGUGUGAAUAUUCAACAACAUUCCUAUUUCCUUGAAAUAGAUGGACAAUAAUAAUCUACUUUAAUGCUGGAUUGACCAAUUCUGCCAUUUGGCGUUAUUUUCCUGAUGACCUCCAGGGAUAAAGUACUGGUUUGUACAAGUGGGUGUCUACUUUUUGUAAUAACAAAAUAACUAAUGAUCACUUGAAAAUGUUCUGAAUGUUGUGUAAACUAUUUGGGGAAAAUAAAAUGUUCUCUUUCUGUA